AUGGACAACAGCAAGCCAUUGAAGAAGCCUCAAGAUCCCGGUCUGAAGCUCACCAAGAACAUGUGUGACCAAGAAUACAAGCACGAAGACACCAUGUGCAACGUGCCAUAUCGAAGCGCUGUCGGAGGCAUCAUGUAUCUCAUGGUCGCCACACGUCCGGAUCUAGCUGCUGCAGUGGGAUCAUUAUCCCAGUUCUCGUCCGACCCAUGCCCGACCCACUGA